AUGAACGACACGUCCAAAAGUCCCGUGUUGACAGAAGCUGACGAUGAAGAGGCAGUGGACCAAGGAUCGUGUCUAAAACAUGCGAAGAAUCUUAUCCCUGCUGUUUACAGGACUGAAGUUGUGGAGCUGUUCAAACUGGCGGGACCAGUGGUCAUCAACGUCACAGGCCUUUCCAUUGGCACAGGUUUAUCUUUAACCUGUGACACUCUAAUAUCACAGACUUAUGGGAGUGGUAACUUGAAGAGAGUCGGAGUGAUUCUACAGAGGGGGGUUCUGAUCCUGUUACUGGCCUGUUUUCCCUGUUGGGCCAUCCUGCUGAACACAGAAGUGCUGCUGCUCCUCGUCAAACAGAGCCCUGCUGUGGCCAGACUAUCUCAACUUUAUGUCAACAUCUUCAUGCCUUCAUUACCGGCAGCGUUUAUGUAUCAGCUUCAAGCGAGAUAUCUUCAAAACCAGUCUAUCAUCUGGCCUCAAGUUAUAACUGGAGUAAUUGGCAACAUCCUAAAUGCAGUCAUUAAUUAUGUACUCAUAUACCUGCUGGACCUUGGAAUUGAGGGGUCAGCAGCAGCCAACAGCGUUACUCAAUUUUUGCUGGCAUUUAUUCUAUUCGUAUAUAUUUAUGCAAGAGGCCUCCACAAAAAGACAUGGGGAGGCUGGUCACUUGACUGUCUGCAGGAGUGGGGGCCCUUCAUAAAGCUGGCCAUCCCCAGCAUGCUGAUGCUGUGUCUGGAGUGGUGGAUUCUUGAAAUCGGGGCGUUUCUCGCUGGGAUCAUCAGUGAGACUGAACUUGGUGCACAGAGUGUGAUCUAUGAGCUCUGUGUUAUUGCUUAUAUGCUCCCUCUUGGACUUUCAUGUGCAGCCAGUGUUCGUGUCGGACAAGCACUUGGAGCAGGAAAAGUUGAGGCGGCGAAGCUGGCUGCAAAAGUUCCAGUGGUUUGUGGAUUUUGUAUGGCCUGUGUUGUUGCAGCAUUGAUCUUGUGUGCCAAAGAUUACAUUGCUUAUAUCUUCACUACAGAACGGGAAAUUAUAGAGCGAGUGAGCGAGGUGGUGAUUGUUUACUCUUUCACACAUAUCGGUGAUGCAGCUGCGGGUAUCAAUGGAGGUGUGGUCAGAGGAGCUGGAAAACAAUCUGCUGGUGCUCUGUUUAACCUAGUAGGAUAUUACGCUAUCGGCCUCCCUAUCGGUGUAUCAUUAAUGUUUCCUGCAAAGAUGGGCAUCAAAGGGCUUUGGAUUGGUCUUCUUAUAAGUUCUUUCACACAAACCGCUGUUUUUGCAACAUAUUUAUCCAAACUAAAUUGGCAUGAAGCAGCAGUUGAAGCUCAGAAGAGAUCUUGGGGCCUGGUCAAUGCUGGAGUACAGAUCAACCACAUAGACUCCAAAGAGGCCACUUCUGCUGAACCGGUCUGUGAAACUCCAGACAACUGUCUGCAAGACCAGCCUGAAUCCAGCCCCGCUGCAGGAUGUGAAGGGCAGGACCUGUGGGUUGUUUUUUUAAGCCUGAGCCUGAGGGCGCUCACUCUUUUGCCACUUCUGCGGGAAGCAGCAGUCUCUUUGGGUCCGUGGAGUUGUGCUGGUGGGGAGCCUCACACAGUGGUUGGUGGCCCUGUUGGCACGUAUGUGGGCUUGUGCGGCGUGAGCGCUGCCCUGGGAAACGCCUUCUGCUCGUUUUGUGUGGCCAGCUCCUCCAGUGUGGCAAACCUUAGUGAAGGGCCUGUGCGAGCCCGUUGUGCUUCUCAGACGUUACCAGGGCUGGACUGGCCAUCGGGCUUGGUGCUAAAUUACGCACAGCGGAGGUUGAGAGCGCGCCUCCGUUCGGGGUCUGGGGGACCGGUGCUUUCUCUGAUUGCGGGACCGAGCUGCACCUCCCGCGGCAGUUUGGAGACUGCCAAUCAUCACAAGUACACAAAUUCUGAGCCCCGUUUCCACCGGCGCAGCUCCUCCUGCCUCCACUGCUCUGGAUUGACCCCACAGGCCAGAGUCGCUCCAGUUGUGGACACUGAUCAUCAAUAUUAG